AUGAGCCUCGCGGAAGCGCCGUGUGAUUUCGGAUGGACCGAAGACGUCAAGGUUGACUUGCCUGGGCACUUUCUCGCCGGCACGGCUGAGAUGUACUAUCACAAGCAGGUCGAUACCUGGUGGACGCAGUCACCCACACUGGAGUACAUCAUGGAGCAGAUCCUGCGCACGUUCAAGACUUCAAUCACUGCAAGCCAGGCGAUGAAGUUAUUCAUGGCCAAGAAGGACGCAAGACGCACCUGGGCCGAUCACUUCCUGUACAUGGUCGCCGUCAGCGAGGCGCGUGGUGGUGCCGACUCGCUUGUUCUUGAUAACAUCGUCCACCAAGCUUCGCCGGAGCUGAUGAGCGUGAUGCGCUACAAGUAUGAACCCACGCGACUCGACUACCUGCGCCAUGCCGAGGAGAUGGCGCACUUCGCGCAGUCCAUUGAGCACGACAGCAGCGCGGUGGGUCGUGAGGUUGUCGCCGCGCACGUGGAAGGCAAACCUAAGGACGCGAUCACGUGCUACCGAUGUGGGCGACCAGGCCACAUCGCGGCCGACUAUUGUGUGCGAGUCGUGCACGACGACGAGACACCCGCGGAGGUGUGA